GUCAAAGCUCAGCUCUGCCCCGCACGAGAAGGAGGGGGCGGAGAAGAGGGGGACGGCAGGUCGCGAAACUCUCACUCAUUGGCCCGUUCCCUCGCUCGUCGCCGCGAGGUCCCGCCCCUCGCAGGCCCGGCUCCGGGAGGGAAGCCGAACAAGGUCUUCCGGGCAAGCAAGCGCGCUCGCGGCCUCCUCGCCUCAGCCCUCCAAAUGAAGCCCUUCUUGGAACGGCUUUCCACUCGGCCCCCACCUGCGGACUUCCGGCCAGCUACCCCUCCACCGCCCCGCCCCACAAGGGCGGAGGAUGCUGGCCUUCACCAAUCAUUGAGCGCGUGUGGUAGGAGUGGGUGGGGCCUGAGAGAUUCGAAAGGAGCCCCGCCCCCUCGGAGCGGGUUCCCUGGACAAGGUUGUAGGAGGAAAACACCUUCCGCGGGAGCUCCGGGGUCUAAGCUGACUUUUGCUCCUGCUGGCUGGAACAUGGAAGAUUUAGAAGAAGAUGUAAAGUUUAUAGCAGAUGAGACCUUGGACUUUGGGGGGCUGUCACCAUCUGACAGUCGAGAGGAAGAAGAUACAGCAGUGUCGGUGACUCCGGAGAAACCCCUCCGACGAGGUCUCUCCCAUCGAAGUGACCCAAAUGCAGUGGCCCCCGCCCCCCAGAGUCUGAGGCUCAGUUUAGGCCCCCUCAGCCCAGAGAAGCUGGAAGAAAUCCUCAGUGAAGCCAACCGGCUGGCAGCUCAUCUGGAACAGUGUGCCCUGCAGGAGCGGGAGAACACCGGUGAGGGCCCGGGGCCUCGAAGGGUGAAGCCCAGCCCUCGGCGGGAGACCUUUGUGCUCAAGGACAGUCCUGUCCGAGACCUGCUGCCCACCGUGAGCUCUUUGUCUCGGAGCACUCCCUCCCCAAGCAGCCUGACACCCCGACUCCGGAGCAGCGAUAGGAAGGUGUCAGUCAGGGCUCUUCGAGCAACAUCUGGAAAGAGGCCCUCCGGCAUGAAGAGGGAGUCGCCCACUUGCAAUCUGUUCCCUGCAUCCAAAAGCCCAGCAUCUUCUCCUCUUGCCCGAUCAACUCCUCCAGUCCGGGGGAAAGCCGGGCCCAGUGGGAGAGCAACAGCAAGCCCACCUACCUCUGUCAGACCAGUCUUGGCUCCACAGCCUUCUACCAGCAACUCUCAGCGCCUGUCUCGGCCACAGGGAGCAGCUGCUAAACCUUCCAGUCGACUGCCUGUUCCGUCGGCCAUUCCCAGGCCUGCCAGCAGGAUGCCACUCACCAGCCGGAGUGUACCAUCCAGCAAAGGUGCCCUUCCUCCAGAUUCCCUGCCAGCUCGGAAAGGACUUCCAAGACCAAGUGCCGCAGGGCACAGAGUUUCUGUUUCUCAGCGACCAAAUCUUCCCAUCCCUGGUGCCGGUCGCAGCAAUCUGCAGCCCCCCAGGAAAGUUGCAGUCCCAGGACCUACCAGGUAAAGAGAUCAGGACAGCAAGCAAGAAUUCAGUAGCAAACUACUAUAGUCACUGCCUGGACUCACCUCUGUAUUCAGCUUCCCAAGCUCUCUCCUUGGAGGCAGGCCUGACUCCAGCAGAUUCUGGCCCAGGGACAGAAGGAAGAGCUGCCACCAUGGCUGGUGCCCCAGGAGUAGAGACCAUGGGAGAUAGGGUGGAUUCGGGUUGAGCUGGAGGGGAAUCAAACUCUCAGUUGAAACAAGAUAGGAAAAAGAGGUUGCCUCCCAGUGGUGAAGUUAAACAGGAAAUAAGAAAUGCUCGAAAGUGGUUUGUCCUCAUCCACCCCCAUUCUUGUGUCUAGCUCCACAGAGUUUGAUUUUCAUCCCAGGCUUUGGUUCGAUGGACAUUUACAUGUGAAUGGCCUCUGUAGCUAACCUCCGUGCUCUCCAAGGAGCAGUCCUCCUGAAUAACAUCCUCUGCUGGACUCAGGCCUGUUUGGAGAGGCAGAGGCAGGCAUCUGGUCUCCAGAACUUGUUUCCUGUGGAUUCUAUGACUCCUAACAGGCCAGUUUAUGAUGAGCUUACUCCAUUGGUCUGCAUUUUUCUAAAAUAAAAUGAGUAUAUUUUUAUAUUCUGAA